AUGAGUUUUAGUAUAUUGAUGACAAGUGAGAUGUCUAGUACAGUUUUGUAUUUGUGUUCUGUGCUGAGUUUGUUUUUGUUUAGUUUUUCUUUAGUCUUGAAACUGUUAAAAAUUAGAAUUGUAUUUAAACCAAUAACUUCUGAUGCCAUUCAAUAA